AUCACCAUCUGUUUGAUAAAAUGCCUACUUCAGGUUGAGAGAAAGAUAGACUUGGUCUAUGGUGGGGGAAGUAUUGGUUUGAUGGGUUUGAUUUCUCAGAAAGUAUUUGACGGCGGUUGUCAUGUUAUUGGAGUCAUCCCCAAAGCUCUUGUUCCUCUUGAGAUAUCUGGUGAAAGUAUUGGAGAAGUAAGAAUUGUUUCGGAUAUGCAUGAACGUAAAGCUCUUAUGGAGAAAGAAGCUGAUGCUUUUAUAGCUCUUCCUGGUGGCUAUGGAACAAUGGAAGAACUCUUGGAGAUGAUAACUUGGUCUCAACUAGGAAUUCAUAACAAACCGGUUGGACUGUUAAAUGUCGAGGGAUACUAUAACAAUUUGCUCGCCUUAUUUGAUAAUGGUGUUGAAGAGGGUUUUAUAAAAACAAGUGCUAAACACAUAAUCCUAUCGGCUUCAACAGCUAAAGAACUCUUAGUGAAGAUGGAGUUGUACACUCCUUUUAAUGAUCAUGUAGCCCCUCGAGAAAGUUGGCAGACAGAACAACUGGCUAGUUACCCAACUGAAUAAGAAUCUUGAUUGGUUUCAAAUGAAUGAUCCUGCCAUGAUCCUCAUAGUUGUGAGUUGUUCAUUGAAUCUAAAAUGUACUUAUUUUUUUUGUCAUUCUUUGUGAUUUAAUGCUCAAAAGAAUCUACCUUAGUUGUCAUUAUAAUGGGCACUCAUAAUGUUUCAGGGUAUCUUCUGCACUCUCUAUUAUUAAUAGAUUGGAAUCAAUUUUAAGAAAUUCAUAGACAUUAACCUUAUUGGAGAACACUUUUGUUUUGUUU